AGAGACAAGGAGAUGCCCUGCACCUGUGCUCCCAGUCCUGGCCAGCAGGACCAUGUACUGUGGGCCCUCACCUUAGGCUGGACCAGCUGGAACCAUGAGCCUUGAACUUGUGGUGAUUGCUGCUGGCCUAAAACCAGUUUGCCUUUGGCAGGAACCAAGGGAGCCUGGCUGGGAGCAUGGUGUGGAAAAGAAGGUCCAGGUUGGCAGCAGCAUCUUCUGAAGUUACCUGGGUCCAGGCUGCAGUCGCCUCUCCAUCACCAAGACCAAAGUCACGGCAUGUUGGGGCUAGAAGGAACCCAUGGACCAGCUCAUCCUGGCUUCUUGUUUUACAUGUCGGCCAGCUGGGCAGGCCUGCUGCAGCCUGGAGACAUCAUCAGGAAAUUCCCUGGAUAUUGUAACUCGUGACAGCAAUGUCUAAUUAAUCAUCAACUCUGUAACAUGAUCCCAGUCCAUAAGCAGGGGACUGGCGGAGACUUUGGAAACCUGUUCACUGGCCUCUCCACACAAUUUCUCCCAGACCCAGGGACCCCGGGCUUGAGGACCCCAGGCCAAUGGGGGCCCAGCUCUGCUCCCAGGCUGAUGCCGAGGUGCCCCCGGAGACCCUUCGCUUCCACGCUGAGGCCAAGGGCGCGCAGGUAUAUCUGGACGCGCAACGGAGCACCGCAUGCCGGUGCGCCACCUUCCACGACGGCAUCGUGUUCAGCCAGCGGCCUGUGCGGCCCGGGGAGCGGGUGGCACUGCGCGUGCUGGAGCACCAGGGCGGCUGGUGUGGCGGCCUUCGCGUGGGCUUCACGCGCCUGGACCCUGCACGCGUGCAGGCGCCCAGUCUGCCGCCCUUUGUGUGCCCCGACCUGGAGCAACAGAGCCCGACGUGGGCAGCCAUGCUGCCCGACGGCUGCGCGCUGGCAGGGGACUUGGUCUGCUUCUGGGUGAACCGCCGCGGCUGGCUCUGCGCCCAGGUCAACGCGGGCCCCCGACUCCUGCUGCGCAAGGGUGUGCGCAUGGGCGCCCCGCUCUGGGCUGUGAUGGACGUGUACGGGACCACCAAGGCUAUCGAGCUGCUGGACCCCGCAGCCAGUGCCUUCUCCACAGCUGUUCCCUGGGCCCUCCGGAAGGACACGCAGCGGCCUGAGCCUGAAGCCACAGCAGGAGAGGAGUGCGUCAUCUGCCUUCACCGAACUGCCGACACCUGCCUUGUCCCCUGCGGCCACACACACUUCUGCAGCCACUGCGCCUGGCGGGUCUUCGCGGAAAUGGCCAAGUGCCCCGUGUGUCGCUGGGAGAUUGAGGCAGUGGUCCCGGCACCGGGUCCUCCCGACAUGAGGACUGGAGAAGGCCUUCCAGUGUGGGUGGCAGAUUGGGCCUAGCUCUGAGCCGGACCCUGCACAGGGAGAAGGCGCAGCCCAUCCUCUUUCUGAAGAAAAGUCGGAGAAGCUGGCUGGUAACAAGCACAGCAGAGAGCGGGAGGCCAGGCAGGGUGGCUCUUCUCUUUCCCCAACAAGGUGGGGCCAGUGGCACCGGGAGAAGCUGCUUUUGAGCCCACACCGAAACUGUUUCCCUGAUGGGGGCCUGGCUGCAGGCAGGGCUCAGCAGUGGUCAGUGGGCUUCUGGUCCCGCUGCUUAUCUCCACGUUCCUUUCUGUCCAGGGAUUGCCAAGGCUUUGGGCGGGCUGCCUGGCACAGACACUGUCCACCUAGCGAUCCCUGGCACGCACAAGUGCAGGGGUUCUUGGGCUUCAAGAGCCCACGUGUAUCAAUGAGGAGGAUUUUUGUUCAGAGGUGGGUGGCCUAACCCCUGCUUUUAUAGCUGAGGAUGUUAAGGAACCUGUGUGCACCUGGGACAGCCCUGCCCACCUGGUGGGGAGGAGCCGGACCAGAUGCAGGAGGCAUCCAGGCGCAGUGUUUACAGUCCCGUGUGGGAGCUGAGUCACCACUACCAAGUCCUCGGUAAAGCAGAUAAGUAGUCACCCACCUUGCAGCCAGAGGGCGGGGAGGUCCCGGUGAGAUCACGCAUCUGAAGGUGACUCAGCACAUGGGACAGCACUGUUGUCAUUGUGCUAUCUCCUUGUCAGUUUAAGAGAUAUCGAA